CAAUAUAAUGCCUCAGACUUGUAUGUUUAGGGUCCAUGUCAUGACUAGCCAUUCAUCUUAUGCCCGUUCACAGUUUGGACCACAAUCUCCAUCCAAUCGCGGAUCUUCCUUAUAUCCCCCCCGUCGAGCUCAACUAUAACUCCCCACUCAACUUUGAGUGCGACGCGGAGUCCCAACCAGCGCUCACCAUGGAGCCCACUCCCCAAUCUUCCUUUGUUCCUCAACCCGCAUUCCCUACAGUAAACAACUCUUUGCCAUUUGUGACGCGCUCCACUCGUUCCUUCCACAAGCGCAACGCUUUUGUCGCGCCCCACGAUUUGGAGGAGGAUGCCGACGGUCAAAGCGAUGCUGACGAGACAGAUGAUGAAUAUGUUCCAUCAUCUUCGCGUAAUACAAAAAAGCGUCGUCGCUCCACGUGUUAUUCCAGCGUGUCUUCCCAUGUCCCUACCUAUACCACGACCCAAUACGUAUCGCCUCCCGCAAAACGAGUUCGCGCUGCCCCCCUUCCACGAAACGCGCAAGCCGUCCCUGGCACUACUCCCAACUUUGCAAAUAAAUCUAACCCUUGGGCAUGUCCCUAUUGCAAGUGGGUCCAGCGCAAUCAUCGUACCCCUGACCUUAAACGACAUAUCCGCACGCAUACGCGCUUCGAGAGACCCGCACAGUGGGUCUGCUGCGGUAUACCCGCCGAAUCGGCUGCAAUGUACAAUAUUCCGCACAACGCAACUCCCUACAUUCACAACGGAAAACAAAUGAUCGGAGGAUGCGGGAAGGAGUUCAGCAGGCGGGACGCGCUCAAGCGUCAUCUGGGCAACGACCACAUCUCUUGUGUGGGAGAUAUCGACGCGUUUGCUAAUGUCUACGAUGAUUAAUCAUGAACUCAUGAAACGAAACGAUCUGCUUUGUGAUGGCUGUCAAGAUGAUCUGUAUAUGGCAUUUACUUCUAUGUAUUAUCAAGUACCUUAUCAUACCCUAGCCACAGCGCUUCUCUCUCUCGUAUUUGGAACUCAAGUGUCACCCUUCUACCACAGCAACUACUAUCGCACCAUCUUUCCUGUACAUUGCUUGUUGCAUUUUCACAAAUUCGUUAGAAUACUGGUGUCACAUACUGUGUAUGUACUUCCAAUAGAACAACCGAUCAAUCACCCUCCUAUCUGGUUGUCAGAUUUUUGACGUCAGGUACUAGUUAUAUUUUCUCCGUUAAUCAUGAGACGCUAGCAGCUAGGUACUGGCGAACCCA